AUGGUCUCAGUCGAAUCCACUCUCGGACAGGCAGCAUCUACCCUUGGUGAAUUACCCGCCUCGUCCUUCACAACGAACCUGACCGUCCUCAAGGCCACGGCCUCAAAUGUGACGUCUCCUUUUCUCGUUCCGCCCUCGAUAGAACAUCUCCUCCGUCUUCCACACCGUAUCUUCUCCCAAAUCGAUCGAGUCUUGCUCCACAUCUGGCACCACUUCGUCCUCGAAGGUCUGGGAAUACACACUUCCGUCGCUGACGGAGUGGGUGGCACUGCUGCGGCGCAGUUGAUGGCGGAUGCAGCGGCGCAACCGGCCGUCGCGCAGGCAAUCGGCGAAGCAGGCUCGGAGGGAUGGACGGGCUUUUUUGCGGACGCCUUUCAAGCGAGUUCGUUCAAAAGCUACUGGGGCAUGUUGCACUAUCUGACGUCCAGAUGGGCUUUCACAUGUUUCGCGAUGGCUCUCAUCCUGAAUCGUAUCGGUGUGUACGGAGCUUCAAGACAGCGGAUAUAUCUGGAUUGGACGAGGAGACUGGCCCUGCGCAUCAUUCCCAUUCUUCUUCUCGGCAACCAGAUUCGACAACUCCUGCAAGCCGUUAGGUGCCAGACCUCUCCAGACUUCUCGCUCUAUCGGCAUGGCGACAACAACAAGUAUAGCCUGUUGGACUGGUCCACAGAUGGCGGACCUUUACACACGCUGACUUCAUUUCUACUCUUCGGUUCUACAGAUGCUGAUGCUUGCGCGGCGGUUGGAUUUUCCAAACCAGGUCCGGACGCUCGAGCACCUUAUGGAUCUUUCUCACUCCUCUGGCCGUCCUUCUUGCAACUGUGCUUGUCACAUGUGGUCGAGAACCUCUCGUGUGCUCUGCAACAGAUUCCAACCAUGACGGAAGUCGGCAUGUCAAUCUUUGAGCAUUCGUUGGCUUUUGCCGAGGCCGAGACAAUGCUCUCUCACGCCCUAGGACUUGGUCUCUUCAGCGCCUCGAGGGCCUCGGGCGGCGACAAGACCACCACGGCCUCGGCCGACAUGCACUCACAGCCUACAAUUCCCGCAUCGGGAACCAUCCUUGCUUUGGCUGACGCUACUGCGUCUUUGACAGCGCCGCAUAUUCUGGAUCGCGUCAAUGUGCCUGUGGAAGUCCUUUUGGUGGCAUUGUUGUCUUGCUGCAAUUCUCUCUCGUCUCACGUCAUUGCUGUGCUGGGCAAGCAGCGUCAAUGGCGACUUAUCAAUACCGGGGUCUGGGGGAUGGCUUUCAUGGCGUCCUUCUUAUGGGGUCUUUUCACCAAGAGCGUCAUGGUUCGAAGUGGCGAGGAUGGCGACAACCGUCCCGUCAGCAGUAUCUUGCACUUCCCCACGGUUGCAAUCGUCGGGUUCCUCCCACACAUGGUGAUCUUAUUCGGCAUUGCCGUUUGCUUGGUCAUCUAUCUUAUCGCUCUAACGUUGACUGCGGUAUCACUGGGCACCAAUCCGCGGAUCCCCCGACCGACAAGCCUCAAGGAACGUUUCAGCAUUGCCCACGACAACCUACAGGCUGCAGUACAAACUCGGGGCGUCACCAUCCGGUGGUAUGAAGACUUCUAUACAGCACUUCUGCGCAUCGGGUUUGCCGCCUUGACUGCCGCAUCCGAAGCGGUCUUUUUGAACGAGGGAAGAGCAGUCGAAGUUCGACAAUUUACCUGGUUGGAAGAAGACCGCCUGGACGAAUUCGAGGCUGCCCGAGGAGAUCUGGGUGCUUUGACGAGCAAUCCGCAGUUCCAGAUCCUUGAAGAAUACGGUCUCCCGCCGUCCAGUCCGGGUGGCACGGACAAAGGCGGCGUCUGGGAAUCGGGUUACUCGAAGGAGCGGAAAUUCGACAAGAAGCAAGGGGACUUGGAAGGCAAAGACUCAUUUGUGUAUCCUACGCCUAGGGCCGGUGGAGUCGGGGCUGUACAACGGACCACUCGGUUUUAUCUGCUCAUGAUCUAUCUCCGUGGCAUUAUCUUCCUGGUCGCGGGCUACAUUGGCUUCGGGUUGGGCGUUUUAUUGGAUGCGUUGGGCAUCACUGCUCGACCAGGUUGGUUGAGGAAGAUUGUAGGUCGAUCAAUCAAGAAAAUGAACGCCGAAGGCAAUCCAGGACACAUCACUGCGACACGUGAUCUCUGGAUCUUGACAGAAGAUGGAAAGCUUGCCAUACCGGCGACCGACGAGGUGGACGUCGAACCCGAACUGCGGAGGCGGUUAAUGACAGAUUUCCCGGAAGAAAGGGUCGACGAGCUCCUCGAUUCGAAGUUGUACGAGUGGUGGAAAGCUGGAGGUUGGUUCGGCACCAGGGAUGAUAGCGGUGACUACCAGCCCUCGAUCAGCGGCGAGUUGGACGACAGCACGAGUGUGGUUUCCAUGUCCACCGAAGCCAGCUCUGCAGAUCGGAGCGACGUCGAUGUCGACGCUGAUGAAGAUGGAGAGAAUAACUGGGAGUCGGAGUCGGAAGGUCGAAAGACUCCAACUCAGAUAUCGACCACUGGGCCAAGCUGGUCAUUCUCGGCCGUGCAGACAAGAGAAUCUACACCAGACGUGCCAGAUGUACCACUCGACCCUGCGACUCUUGCCCGGCUUCUGAACCCACAAGACAAAGAGUCUCGUGAAGAGGCGCGGAUCCUCGCAGCUCAUCUCGCCACUGCGUCGUCGUCAUCAUCUUCUGGUGUCAUGACUCGAUCCCGCUAUCGGCAGGAAGUCGAAAAGGAACGGGCUCGAGUCCUGCUCGCAGGCCGCACUUCGCAUGAUCCUAUAAGUGGCCAUACACGACCGUCCCCAUCGACGAACAUACCUGCGAUAUCUCUGUACGACGCACCCUAUCCGCCCACGGGACCGCGGCCGUUGACAUCGCCCGAAGAAGCCGAAGUGCUUGAAUCACUCAUCUUAAGUCGUCGCCGAAGACGUGCUGCGACAUUCUCUUCGAAGAUUGACGAUCCAGAUAGUGGUCGUGUCCCCGGUGACAUGAACAACGACGGCGACGAGGCCAUGUACAAUGCCGGCCCGCUCUGCGUGGUGUGUCAGUCGGCGUCGAGGACGAUCAUCGUUUGGCCGUGUCGGUGUCUUUGUGUCUGCGAGGAUUGUCGGGUCAGUCUGGCGCUGAACAAUUUCGGGAGCUGCGUCACUUGUCGCAGGCCUGUGCAAGGGUUUGUGAGGCUCUAUGUUCCUUGA